AUGCGCAAGCCACCUGAGGCCACAAAACAAAGGAUUGGGGCCUGGGAGGCUCUGGGGGGGCUCACCAAGGUCCGGAACGGCCGGAGUUGCAGCGGAGCGGGGCCGACGUCGAGGUCCGGCGGCAGCGGCGGCGUGGAGGUCGCGGACUGGUCGCAGGGGUGGUUCUCCGGGCUCUGGACCUUCACGGUUCGUCUCGCGGUGGUGCUGCGGAGGCCUAACGGGGGUCAGGGUGGUCCAGCGGUCGCCGGCGACAUGGAAAUUGCGGCGGCAGAGCCACUUACCGGCGAUGCGUCCCUGGCGAAAUUCCCGGUGCGGCGUGACUCGGUCCGGGGCCAAGGAGGUCGAGGAGCUCCACUGGGCGGGGGCGAAGCUAAAGCGGGGGUCCCGGUCGACGGCGGGUCGACGGGGCAGCGCAGGCGCGGCGGUGGAGGGAGCUCUGUUCCGGGCAGCGUGGCUGCUAGGGUUGCGGCAGCCUUUGGCGUGGGGUGUGGGUGCAGGGAGGUGCGGCCUGGGGCGUUUAAAGGAGGGAGAGCCGGGGAUUGCGGAGGGGCGCCGCGGGAUUAG